AUGGGUCAGAGUGUGGUUGCUGAGACUUACGAAAUGUCUGUGGCUAGUCAGCUCAUCAUGGGUCAGAGUGUGGUUGCUGAGACUUACGACAAUGUAACCAUAUACUUCAGUGACAUAGUAGGGUCUGUGGCUAGUCAGCUCAUCAUGGGUCAGAGUGUGGUUGCUGAGACUUACGACAAUGUAACCAUAUACUUCAGUGACAUAGUAGGGUCUGUGGCUAGUCAGCUCAUCAUGGGUCAGAGUGUGGUUGCUGAGACUUACGACAAUGUAACCAUAUACUUCAGUGACAUCGUAGGGUUCACUUCACUUAGCGCUGAGAGUACUCCACUUCAGGUGGUUGACCUUCUCAACGAUCUUUACACCUGCUUCGAUUCCAUCAUCGAGAACUUUGACGUCUAUAAGGUGGAGACUAUAGGUGACGCAUACAUGGUGGUGUCGGGUCUGCCGAUGCGCAAUGGUAACCUACAUGCCCGGGAGAUCGCUCGCAUGUCUCUGGCGCUACUCAACGCUGUAGUCACCUUCACCAUCCGACACCGGCCCAAGGACCAGCUCAAGCUCAGGAUCGGCAUGCACACUGGUCCAUGUGUGGCAGGUGUUGUGGGACUGAAGAUGCCGAGGUAUUGCCUGUUUGGGGACACUGUCAACACGGCGUCUCGGAUGGAGUCCAAUGGUCAAGCACUGAAAGUCCACGUCAGUCCCAGUACGAAGGAGGUACUGGAUUCUUUUGGAACCUUUGAGUUGGAACUUCGUGGUGAAGUUGAAAUGAAGGGCAAGGGUAAAAUGACUACUUAUUGGCUCUUGGGGGAGAAGAAGACCAGUCCGGCAACUCAGCCCCUCUCGCAGCCCCCGCUAGGGUUGACUCCAAACAACAUCACAGCGCCGUUGUCUACUCCCAACUGUACCCGCCAUGUCAACAACGUUGCCAACAACACCGCCAAACCCAAGGUCAACAGCAAACCGACCAAUGAGAUAAACGCCACGACACCCCUCCUGCAAGGCGAUGGCCCGGCGUAG